CUUGGCGAGUAUUCUGAGGAACUGUAUUUGGGAUAUGAAGGGCUCAUUGCCGUAUCGCGUGCCCCAAGGGGAUGAUAGAAAUCUGAUGAACACCUACCUAAUGGCAAUCUGAAGUGGAUAGAUAAAGAAGGACCAAGCGGGUCCAAAGGACCAUCGACAUUCUUGACUUGAGCUAUAUAAACCAAUGUCUCUUGGCAAGCACGCAUCAGUUCCAUUCCUAAUCAUGGUCAACUUCAUCGAGACUCUGUUCAUCUCCACGUGUCUGCUUCAAGGUGCAAUGGGCGAUGUAACCCAAUCCAAUCCUCGCAUUUCCACUCGGACCUCUUGGCCCACGGAAACGGGAACAAUGGUUCGCAUCCUCCGAUCCGAUCCCGAUAUGUUCCACGCUGAGUCUGCCGAUGGAAAGUGGAUUCAGGGAGCUGCCAGUCCGUUCGAUUUCAUCCGGUUCAACGAUUACCACAAGCGCACGGUGCACCCGUUGAUGAACCGUUAUUAUCGCGAAUCGCUUAAUCGACCCACCAAACGCGACCUGUUCCUUCGCUCCUCCAAAAGUGAUCCCGACUAUUUGAACAAUGCGGUCGAGUCCUUUCAGGCUGAGUCUGAGGAUUUGCCCACUAAACGUUGGGGCCCAUCGGUUCCACAUUGGCCGAAGCGGGACAACUCCCAAAGACAAGAGAACCCAUUUCUAUUCCGAACGUCCAAGCGGAGUUACACUAACGAGAUCUAAAUGGAACCCACCCGAUUGACCACUUUUGAUAUCAUUUGAGGGAGUAGCAUGAUCUUCAAGUCAUCUAACAGCAGCCUCGUUGGUAUCGACCAACGUUCGAUGUGUUGGCACUUGGCUAAAUAAGACUUUUUUGAUAUGUAUUAUGUGUAUACGUAGAUGAUUCGCGCCUAUGGACGACGCAGAGUAUUUACCAAUGUUGUUGAUGAUAAUAAUGACCUAACUGUUGUUGUUGUUGUGACUACUGACUUGAAGCUCUUCGGAUAACGAUUGACAAACUUAUGUAAAGAGAUAUGAAGCAUUGUCCAUUCCCCGAAACCAAAGUGUCAACAUUCCCAUUGAACGUGUCCACCCACCAGUAGCGGAAACUAAGAAUUCAUUUCACAGACAAAUGAUUCAUUAUCAUACUAACAGUAAUAUUAAUUAUGUACCAAACUCUCGGCAGUGUUUCGUAAACAUGAUAGUGUACGGCAUUUUCUUCUCGAAUAUACCACAUAGCAUCUUGA